AUGGAGAUCCUGAUGGAGUAUGGUGAUGGUGAUGUGGCGCAGGUGGACCUCAUGGAGUUCGGCUGGGCUGGCGGCGGUCGGCGGUGGACGCGGGUGCAUGAGUUGUGGGGCUCCAUCUGCCGCUCGACCACCGCUUACUCCCACCCUGUUCACUGGUUUUGUUUUCACUGUCACGCCUGUUCCUCGUCGACCUGCAGCAGGAGACACGAGAUCACCUCCGGCACCGCUGGUCACAUGAAGGUCGUCAAAAAUGGUAUAUUUUCCAUAAAAAUAGUUGUUUGCUAUAUAUAUUCUCUAUUAUUGAAUUAUAGCACAAACAUUUGCUGA